GGGCGGAAUUUAAAAGAACAAGAAAAGCAACGUGUACUUCCUGUAUGAUGGGCGCCGACAAGAGUAAAGAUUCCAAGUCGGGAAAGACUGAAGACGUGAAGAUAGACAAGUGGGAUACGUCGGCUCUCAAGAAUGCUCUAGAUGAUGCUGCUAAAAAGGUCCUGCUCGACACCUAUGGCUACAAGGAAUCUCACAAGCUGGUCGACUGUCGGCUUUUCAUCUGUACUAUUGCCGUUGGAUUCGCUACAUUUGCUCUCAUCUGGGACUACCUGAGGCCUUUCCCCGAAUCUCGCCCAGUGCUCAUCACCUGUGUGUCUUUAAGUUAUUUUGUUUUAAUGGGCGUCCUAACGGUGUACACAACCUACUGUGAGAAGGGAUUUUUCCUGGUGGCUCUGGAGAAGGAUAAAACGGGGGUUGAUCCAGAUAAUGUAUGGCACUUAUCAUCAUAUCUAAAGAAGUAUGAUGACAUUUACCAUUUAACCAUGUCCUAUAUGGAUGGGAAAACCAAGAAGACCACCAGUGCUGAAGUAUCUAAAUCGGUUGCACAGUUCUUUGACGAAAAGGGUUAUCUUUGCACAGAGAACUUCAGUCCAGUUGUUGUCAGUUUGAGGUCCACCAUCACCAAAGAGAAAAAGGAAAAAUAAAUCUUACAUUUAUGAUGAUAUGACUGGUUUGUGUCUGUGUGUACAUGUAAUUAAAUAUAUAUAACAUGUUGUACUUCAUCAAAUUUGUAAACUAAUCAUUCUUGUAGCCAGGGUUUCGACAAAUACCCUAGCCCUUGGUUCCAGCUAGUGAAUUUUUAGUCUAGACCAGUGGAAAUUAUCAAUUGUAUUACUAUAAUACAUAGGACACUAGCCAGAGAUUCUGUGAGAGUUAGUGACUUUCUAAAACAUUUGUCGAACACUGUCAAAGAUGUAUAAUAAAAUAAAAUAAAGUUUAGCAGUUUGUAAAAUGUGUAUUUUACAAAAGAAAAGUCAUGACUUUCAAAGUCUAAUGAGAUGCUGGAGUUAAUUUUUGCAUCAUUUGUCAUUAUAAGUAAGAUAUUCAAAUCAAAAUAAAUGCGUAACCAUCACAUCAUUGAAUGUAGCUUGUAUUUUAAUGUGCAUAGAGAUUAUUAAACGAGCUUGUGUGUUGUACUGAUUUUACAAAACGAGUCGGGAUUUUGGUAUUGCCCUAGCGAGAGUGAGGGUAAUACAUGAAUCCUGACACGAGUUUCAUAAAAUCAGUACGACUCACACGCGAGGAGUAAUUUCUUUAUUAUC